CUUGAACUGAAGAAAGACCUCAACAACCCUUAUAUCUUAGCCUCGUGGGACCCAAAUGAGGAUUGCUGCGAGUGGUACUGCGUCAAGUGUGACGAGAAAACCAACCGCAUUUACGACCUCGACAUAUCGUCCUCUGUGCCAGACACCAACCUCUCAGGCCAAAUACCUCCCUCUGUGGGUGACCUUCCUUACUUGGAGUCCCUCACUUUCCAUAAGCUCCCCAACCUCGUGGGCCCAAUCCAGCCCACCAUCGCCAAACUCACCAAACUCAAGUACCUCAUUAUCACCAACACAGGUAUCUCCGGCCCAGUACCUGAUUUUUUGGCCCAACUCCAGAGCCUCGACUUGAUCAAACUUUCCUUUAACAGCCUCUCCGGCACUAUUCCCAGCUCCCUAUACCAACUACCGAAUCUCUCCUCCCUACAGUUGGACCGGAACCAGCUCACGGGCCCAAUCCCGGGCUCAUUCGGAUCCUUCAACAAGCCCGGCCCAGAUGCUUGUUCAUGGCUAUCUACUGAUAUUGUUGCAGCAACUCAUAUAACAGUUGCGGUCUGUGAUGCAACUGCUAAUAUUGUUGCAGCUCUAGGUACUGUGAUUGGUGGUGUUGGUGCAGCAGCUCAUAUAGCAGCUGAGGACUGGACAGACGCAGGGACUGCAAAUGUUAUUGGUGGUGCUGAUGCAGUUGUUCAUUUAGCAACUGUGGCCUGUGAUGUAGAUGAUCCGUCUCUUGAAGGCAUGCCACCACUUGAGGACUUGUCCAAUGACCAAAGUUGUGUUGUGGACAAUGAUUCAGAGGCUGACUCAAGUGAUGAAACAUCCCCGUUUAAUCCAUAUAAGCCUUCCUACAACCACAAUGCUCCUAAGAGAUGGAAGGUUAAUGAACUUGUCGAACCACAAAGAAAAUAUACCGCCUAUAAGCUAAGAUCUAGAUCAAAGGUUUCCAAAUCCUCCAAAUUCUCUUAA